AUGACUGACUACAAGUUCGAAGGAUGGAUGGGCCUCGACAAGGACUCGGUCGACGGCAAGAUGGUCUGGCAGGAGUUUGAGCCCAAGCCGUGGGAAGAGACCGAUGUCGACAUCAAGGUCUCUCAUUGCGGUAUCUGUGGUUCCGAUCUUCACACUCUGCACAGUGGAUGGAAGCCAACCCUCUACCCCUGCUGUGUCGGCCAUGAGAUCGUCGGUGUCGUCGUCCGCGUCGGCUCCCAGGUCAGCGACAUCAAGCUCGGGGACCGCGUCGGUGUCGGCGCGCAGAGCGAUUCCUGCCAGGGCCGUCUCGGCGACUGCGCCGAGUGCGCCAUGGGCUGGGAGCAGUACUGCCCCCACAAGUGGGUGGGCACCUACAACAGCGUCCACCUCAACGGCGGCAAGUCCUACGGCGGCUAUGCGCUGUACAACCGCGUCCCCGCCCGAUUCGCCAUCAAGAUCCCCGACGGCAUCCCCUCCGCCGAGGCCGCCCCCAUGCUGUGCGGCGGUGUCACCCUCUACAGCCCGCUGAAGCACAACGGCUGCGGCCCCGGCAAGCGCGUCGGUAUCAUCGGUGUCGGUGGCCUGGGCCACUUCGGUGUCAUGUUCGCCAAGGCGAUGGGCGCCGACAAGGUCGUCGCUAUUUCGCGCAAGGCGGGCAAGGCGGCGGAUGCCUUGAAGAUGGGCGCGGAUCUGUACAUCGCUACGGAUGAUGAGCCCGAUUGGGCCACCAAGUACGCCAAGUCGUUGGAUUUGAUCAUCUCCACUGUUUCAUCCACGAAGAUGCCCAUGGAACAGUACGUCGGUCUGCUGGCGGUCAAUGGUACUCUGUGCCAGGUCGGUCUGCCGGAGGAUGGCACCCUGGUGGCGCCCGUUAAGCCUCUCAUCCGUCGGCUGAAGGUGACUAGCUCGUUGGUUGGCAGCCCUGAUGAGAUCCGCGAGAUGUUCCAGCUGGUUCUGAACAAGGGCGUCAAGCCUUGGAUCGAGGAGGUCCCGAUGAAGAAUGCCAAUGAAGCCAUUGUCAACAUGCAUGCUGGCAAGGCCAGGUACCGCUACGUGUUGGUUAAUGAGGAGCACUAG